AUGUCUCGCCCAACUGGUCCCUCUAGCAUCGCCAUGGCUCUUGCUGGCAAGACCGCUUCUGUCGAUAUCCCUAAACCUCGCUCGGGCUUCACCGCUGCUCGCGAUACCGCUCACUCUGCCAUGCUGCCGACUCCUCCCAACUCCAUCUCUCCUACCCUACGUCCUCACGUCUCCUUUGGCCACAAGCAGUCCGCCAAUCUCGCGGGUACUUCGCCCUUGGCCACAUCCCACCCCGAUUCCGAUCUCGACCUGGGAGAUGCUGGAGACGACAGCACAGGUGCUAUCACACCGGGCAUGUUGGCCAAACACUACUUGCCUGAGAUUAUGCUGCACCAGGGGCCCUUGGCGAUCCGUCAUGUCAUGGGCUACCUGACUACAUCCAUCCCGGGUUUCUCCAGGAUUCCUUCUGCGAAGGCCCGCAGACUGGUGGUGGCCGCUCUCGAGGGCCGUGGCUCUGAGCAAGGAGGCGGUUCGGAUGGUAAUGUCGUUUUUGAAAAGGUGGGAUGGGGUCGCUGGGAUGCACGGCGUCGAGGCCAGCCAUCCCGCCACAACCAACACCUCGAAUCAUCGCCGCCCUCCAGUCUCCCCAACUCCUUCCACCAACGUGGCGUCCAGAUUCCCUCCCGGAGAGAGGACUGGAGCCCCUACGGAACCAGUGCUGCUGGCGAUUCCGCCGUGUUCUCGUACUCGGAGACAGUGGACUUCGGUCGGCACAGGGAUGACAGCAUGCUCGAAGACGAGGCGGACAAGAUGUCCCUCGAUGGAGACGAUCGUGAAUAUGCCUCCUCGUCCGAGGCUCCGGACGAUGAGAUCCCAGACGGCGACUGGGGUGAGGAGGACGUGACGGAUGAAGAAGACUGGGCGCAAAUCGGCGCCGACGCUCUCCGUGCGCGCUCACUGAACACCAGCGGUGGAUUUCUUGAUGCGAAGCAGCAGCCGCGUGGCGGUGGCCCUGCUCCCUCCGCCCUGGCCAAAUCGCUCCCCAACAGCAUUCCUAUCCAGCAACUUGGAUUCACCCUACCGGAGGGUGUCGUUGGCGAUUGUGAGGAGCGUGCUGCCGUGGAAGCACUUUUACGACUUGGCUCUAUGUAA